AUGUCGUCGAGCGGGAGUAGGCCGCGCGGGAGGUGCAUCCGCUCCAGGAGCUCCAGCGACUUCUGCUUGCACACGGCGUCGCCGGUGUGGACCUCGGCGUUCUCGCGUGGAGGGACGCGUGAUGGGGAGGAGAAAUUACGGGAGUGCCCCUCGAGAGAGACACUUGGCGGGAGUCUAGGAUGGUUAGGAGGAAACCAAUGUGGGGUUGGCGGCGAGAAGCUUUCUGUCGCUAUGGAAGGAGGCGGAUGCGACGGUGUUGGAAAAGUCGGAGAUCGUGGAUUUGUGGUCGAGGGUCUGGCCGGAGAAGAUGGAGACUGUGGCGGAAUGCGCGGCGGUGAAGUCGUGGGGGGCGACUUGGGGAGAAGGAUAUGGAAUUAA